AUGCCCAUUGAUACUAUUUAUAUUGCCCGCCACGGCUUCCGUUCAAAUUGGUUACCUCCCCCACAUCCGCCAAACCCAACUGGAAUUGACCUGGACCCGGCGUUGGCUCCUCGCGGAGUGGACCAGGCUGUCGAGCUAGGAGAAUAUUUGGCUUCAUUACCUAAAGAAGAGCAACCUCAAUUCAUAAUAUCCUCUCCAUUUUACCGCUGUGUUGAAUCAGCAAAGCCAUUCGCCCAAAAGGUAGGCCUCAAAGUUCACCUAGAUCGUGGAAUCGGUGAAUGGUUCAAGAAAAGCAGAGGAGUUGUUCCAAAGCCAGCAGACUACUCGAAGCUUAGAGAGUUUUUUCCUGAUGUGUUGGGUGACGAAAAAACCUGGAAUUCGGAGAGUGGGGUGAUCCCCUGCGAGCAAGGUGAAAGCGAGGAGGACGUUCUUGAAAGAUCGCAUAAGUUCUGGGAAGCCUUCAUUCCUGCUUUUGAAAAGAAACAUCCAGGCGUCAAGCGAAUUCUUCUUGUGAAUCAUGCUGCAACCAAAAUCGCCUUGGGCAUGGCCCUCAUGGGCCACCAUUCUCUUUAUGAUGAGGUGGACUUCAGAGGCACCAAGACUAGAUUGAGAGCAGGUGCGUGCUCGUUAGACAAGUUUGUUAAAGAUAAUGACCAUUGGACGUUGUUGGAGAAUGGCAAAACUGAUUUUUUGAAGGACGGAGAGGAGAUGAACUGGAACUUCGACGUGAAGGUGGAAGCAGGCUCGGACGAGGAUAUGAAGAGAAGAGCCGAGGAGGCCAAACAAAAACAGGGCACCGAAAAACCCUCGAAACCGGAGAAGGAACCGUUGGAAUACAAGGACGUUUACGUUGCUGUUGAUGUGCCCAUAGUGGCUUCCUCAUACUAUGAUGAGAGCACACGAGAUGACAGUAGAGAGCUCAGUCAGCAGCUUUUAAUUAAUCCAAAUGCCAAAUUUCAAAUAACUGGGAUCGAGCAAGAGAAUCCCUUUUUUAAAAUCAGCGAGAACCUGGUAGCAGGGCUAGAUACGGAGCUGGCGUCAUUUAGUAAUCUGAACGCCAUAGAUGGUCAGAUAUACCAAGCCCUGUGGAAAAAGCUUCUAGGAACAGAGCUUAUAUUUGAUGAUUUUGGUGAACUUGUCGGUACCGUCAGAGAACACUUGGUCGCUGAGCCCUCGAACAAGGCAAAGAAAACAUCAAGUGAUAAGAAUAGAGUAGAUAAAGAAGAUGCUAUGGACGUUGAUUCGGAAAACGAGGGAAGGGCGGAUUUGAGAACACCUUUCUUAAAGAAGGCCAUCGCUGCAGCAAGGGCCAAGACGAAAACGAACAACGGUCAGUGA